AUGCACCGUGUGAGUUGUACACUGCUGCUGAUGCUGCUUCUGCGAGUCGUCGGCCUGUCCAGCGCGACACACCUUUCCCCCAUCCGUUUCACGACAGGCCCAUCCCUGUGCAAGAGAAAAGCGUUGCUGGCCAGUGUUGGCCAACCGCGCGGCCCACCGCACGCCGCACCGCCAGCAGCAGGCUUCUCGGCACUCGAGCACUCGAGUCACUUCCGCUGA